AGGGUGGGGGCCAGGCAGAUAUGUUGGUCAUAAAUCUCUGAUUUUACCUUCAGUGGCCGCACCAGGGUCUCUCAGCUGCGUGUCUCCCGCGAAGAAGAAGAAAAAAGGAAAAGAGACUUCAGCACCGGAGCUGUCCGCCGAGCCUCUCUCUCUGGGAGAAGUGUCGAUUCCUGCAGGAGACAGACAGACAGACAGAGAGAGAGAGAGAGAGACAGACAGAGAGAGAGAGAGAGAGACAGAAGAGGAGAGAGAGAGAGAGAGAAGAGGAGAAGCUGCCUCCCGACUCGUGCACUGAACUGCGCGUCGUUCUCCGUGGGACCGCGCGAAGGGGAAGGAAUAAUAAUAGUAUUUAUAAUAAUAAUUGUAAUAAUAAUAAUAAUAAUAUAAAAAGCCGCGCUGUGCCGUUCGUGUCUCCGCGGGGCUGCUGCUGCUGCUGCCGCCGACGCGCGCGCACGCGCACACACGCGCACUCUUCCAUUUCGAGCAAAAAGUGCUGCCAUGCUGGACGGCCGGGCUUGAGACGAGGAGAUACGGACAAAGUGGCCAAGAAGUCUCCGUGGACGCACCACAGCCCCUUGUCAUCCUUUACGCCAUGGGAGUGCUCAUGUCAAAGAAGCAGGUGGAGAAGGUGCAGAAGUGCAAUGCAGUGGUCUCGGCCUUCCAGGCCGGCAUCAAGGAGCGGCCUCCCGCAGCCCAACAGGCAGAGGGAGACGUGGAGGAAGGCGACGCGCCUGCCAGAGCCUCGGGCGCUCCCGACGCAAAGGCGACGGAGGGCGCGGAGAACGAGGACACGUCCACCCCGUCCACCUCCCAGCAGGCCUCGGCCCUGACGAGGGACGAGUGCAAGGCCAACCAGGAGGCUUGGUCGAGGCUGCGCGACGGGAAGGGCGUGGAGCCCGAGGAUCUCGACAAGACCCAUCAGCUCACGCCGCCGGCUUUCGUGCGGCCCAAGAGAGAAGCCAACGACGACCAGCCGAUGGAGGUGGAGCUGGAAAAGACGGAGCAGCCACCGAGGGACGAGAUGUGCGACGUGUGCGAGGUGUGGACGGCCGACGACCUGUACCCGUGCAGGGUCUGCACGCGGGUGUUCCACGACGGCUGCCUGAGGGAGUUGGGCUACCUGCGCGCCGAGGCCCUGCAGGAGAUGAGAGACGCGGCCCACACGGUCACCGGCUGGAGCUGCUAUUACUGUGACAAUCUGAAUCUACUUCUGACAGAGGAAGAGAUGUACAGCAUGGUGGAGACCUUUAAGCAGUGCAAGAUCAUCCCAGAGUCGUGCCUGGUGUCAGACGAGCUGCUGCAGUACCGCCACUUUGUGUCCAAGCAGCAGUUUGAGAAGGACCUGACUGAUGAGCAAGAAGAGGAGGUCCUGGCCCAGUUUGCGGCGCUGGAUCCCGAGAAGAAGGGUCACAUCGAAUGGUCGGACUUCCUCUACUUUGAGUCCCUGGCAGUUUUGAGGAAGUUUCGCACAGAGAACUCAAUGGUGCGCCUGUUGACUGCAAAGGAGAGAGACAAAGCACGGUCUGUGUUCCUGGGCCUGGAUAGAGACGGCAUGAUCACAAGAGCAGAAUGCCGCCAGGCACAGCAGUCUUGGUUCCACAAUCCCAACAAGGACUCUCAAUCCUGCAAUGUGAGACUCAUGGGACUCUGCUCUCCUAUGAAUUGUGGUAUAAGUCAAGUUGGCCCCAUGUGUGAGAGCAGUCCAGGAAGCUCUGGCAGCGAAAGGAGCAAGACCGGCGACAGCAGGCCGGUGACCUGGGCAGACUUUUUAAAGGAGAGUGCCAUCUAUAUUUUGGCUGCACGUCCCAAUAGUUCUGCCAUGCACAUCCACCUGCCUCUAUAGUCCAGGAACCCUCCACGGCACGCAAGCAGAGAGAGCGCGCGAUAGAGGUCGUACCCUAUAGUCUACAGAUGAGCGGAAGGAGAUUGACGCGAUGACCUCGGAGACGAGGGGGAAGGCACCUGGGUGAACUGGAUGAAGCGCCAAGAGACAGCGGAUCAAGCCAUCGACAGAAUCUCUCCUCCUUUGCAUCACCUCAACUCCACAACACUGACAACAACACAUGCCGAUGAAGUGACAGCAGCUGUCGCAAGGUCCCAAAUCCAAAAAACCUGGGUAGGGCGAGGGAUACAGCGACCCACCCAUGACUAGUCAGUCAGUUAGGGAUAUUUCUGAAAAACUCUACACAAUCAGGCAAGCUCCCGGGGCGCUCACACUCCCUCUCAAAAUGACAACAACCAAGACACUCUACAGCCAUCCUGCUACAAAACAAACCUCUCCAUUGCAGGUACAUUCAUUUGACAAGGCUGUUACUCUUUCAAGUAUUCAAUCCUCUGGGCCUCAUCAGGCCCUAAUAAUAACUCCAUGCUACUGUGAUGGGAUUGUGUAAUUCACCACUGAAAUUGUUAAUCACGCUGCAGAGAGGCACACGCAAAUUCAUUACUGGUGCUGUUUGACAAAUGGAAGCGCUUCUGGGAGUAGAUUAACCCGGCAGUCGCCAUUAUGAGAACAUAUACCAAACAGGAAUGACAGCUAUCCGCGAACGUAUUAUAUCCAAAACUGCUAUACAUGCCAGUAUGAAUUUUUAUUAUGCAUUUAAAAAAAAUACAUAUUUAUUCCUGUAUCCUCUGGUGUAUUCUCUGUUUUCCCAUUCUCCUCCUAGAAUCUGUGUUCUGCUGAAGUGCUAUACUACACGUGAAAAAAAAAAAGCGAAAAAGAAAACUUAACCCAGUAAAUAACUUGUACAUACUGCCAUACUUAAAAGUACAUUUUGUUUUCCUGUUGUGCUCUCCGAGCCGCACUAUGACAAGGUGACAUUUUCUGCAAUCAAGUUCUAGUGUCAUUGGGAAUGAGAUGUAGUUGGACUACUGUGACAUUAUCAUGUAUUGAAACCCUGAAAGACGACGGGAGAUCCGGCGGAAACGUUUAGUCUUUUGUUAAUAUGCAGACGCACUAUAUUUAAACUUCGUAUUUAAGGCGUGGUGGGAAUUCUGUGGAGAUACAAGUUAUACAAGAAGAAUUGAAAUGCCCCUGGAAUCACUGGAAACGUACUUGUUACAAAAUAGAACUUCGUGUAGUGUUCAUGCCAUGUAAUGGAGGUUAUGACAUGAAUGUUGAUAGUCUGUGGGAUUUCUGUCACAGUGCUGAAAUAAAUGCAUGGCAUUUACUCUCCUUCAA